CUUGUUUUUUUUUUUUUUUAAAGGUCCUAAAAUUAGAGCCAAGAACCAUUGUCGACUGUUAUCGUGUUCAGUCGACGUCAACUGUUCAAUGGCGGGAACACUACAAACCCUAAUUCUCGCUCCUCAACCUACUAAAACGCCGUCAUUUCAUCACCGGAGCCUGCAUUUCCCUUCAAAUCGUUCUGUUCUUAGCCGUUCCACAUCCUUCAAUCACGGCCAUUCAAUUUCAAGAUCCAUAAGAGCUUCUCAUCCUUCCGAUCAGGUUUCCGGUUCUUCCAAUAUCUUUAAUUGGACAAAACCUUUGUCGAAGUUCGUCGCCAAUAAUUUUCUUCCUUUAGCUCUUGUUGGUGGAGUGACAUUAGGAUUUGCAAACCCUAGUCUUGGCUGUCUUGCUGAUAAAUAUCAUGUAUCUAAAGUUAGCCCUUUUGUCAUAUUCAUUAUCUCAGGUUUGACAUUGCGUAGUCAAGAAAUUGGUGCUGCUGCUGAAGCAUGGCCUGUUGGAAUCUUUGGGCUAUGCUCAAUUCUAUUAUUUACGCCAUGCUUCUCAAAGCUAAUAUUGCAAGUUCAUCUCCAGCCUCAAGAAUUUGUUACAGGACUGGCCAUAUUUAACUGUAUGCCAACAACAUUAUCAAGUGGAGUGGCUCUUACUAGUCUUGCUGGUGGAAAUUCUGCACUUGCUCUCGCAAUGACAGUAAUAUCAAAUCUGCUUGGAAUUUUGAUUGUUCCAUUUUCUAUCUCACGAUUCAUAGCUUCUGGAGUUGGUGUUUCUGUUCCAACUGAGCAACUGUUCAGAAGUCUUGUGCUCACUCUUUUAAUUCCUCUAAUUUUGGGGAAGAUCUUACGAGAAUCCUUCAAAGGGUUGGCAAAAUUUGUUGAUCAUAAUCGUAAACUCUUCUCCCAAAUCAGUGCAAUCUUCCUGAGUUUGGUGCCUUGGAUACAAGUAAGCAGGUCAAGGUCAUUGCUGUUAAUGGUUAAGCCUAAAGUUUUUUUGCUGGCUAUUGGAAUGGGAAUACUUCUUCAUCUCAUCCUAUUAGCUUUCAAUGCUAUUGCUGUAAGGAGCCUCUCUGCUGUCUCUGGUGGUAGUCAGUCAGCAUUUGCCAAGAAAGAGAAUGUCAGUGCAUUUGUACUUGUUGCAAGCCAGAAAACUCUGCCUGUGAUGGUGGCUGUUGUGGAGCAGCUUGGUGGUGCAUUUGGAAAAUCUGGUUUACUGGUUCUUCCCUGUGUUGCUGCGCAUUUAAUACAGAUCAUCAUGGACUCUUUUCUUGUUAACUCCUGGCCUCGGGAAGACAUCUCAUCCAACAACGUCAAGAUAGCCUGAGCAAUGGGAACAAAGACCAGAAUACUUUUUUUUGGGUGGAUUUUAAGUCAAUCCAAAGCUGCUGGUGACUUAUUGAUUGCUGAUGUAUCCCAAGCUGAAACUCAAUGGGUGAAGGAUUGAAGGCAAAUUACGAUUCUCAGUAAUCUUUUCUCAAAUGGUGGAAUAUUGACAAUAAGCAAAGAUCAAGCAAUUGCGGGCUGAUUGAAUGGGUGAUAAUAAAAUACCCUGGUAAUUUAAAUGUCUCAUGAUUUUUGUGCCCACCGAGAUUCUGACUGUAAGUACUCCAUAAUAUUGACUCUCUGCAACUUCAUACCCUACUAAAUUUGUUAUUCAUUGCCAUGAUCAUUGAAUGCAAAAUUCUCUGUUGCCCAGUGUUA